CUCUGAUUGGUCCACACGGUGACUCCUUUACGGCCACGCGCUUGCUCCGCCCUCUCUCGCUGAAGGAAGAAACAUGGAGACAGCGGGAAAAGUGAUCAAGUGCAAGGCAGCUGUUGCCUGGGAACCUGGCAAACCUCUCUCCAUUGAAGAGGUGGAGGUGGCACCACCCAAUGCCCAUGAAGUCCGUAUCAAGCUCUUUGCCACAGGCGUGUGUCACACAGAUGCCUACACCCUGAGCGGCAGUGACCCCGAAGGACUUUUUCCUGUCAUCUUGGGCCACGAGGGAGCCGGGACGGUUGAGAGUGUCGGAGAUGGUGUCACCAAAUUCAAGCCAGGUGAUACUGUCAUUCCGCUGUAUGUGCCACAGUGUGGGGAAUGCAAAUUCUGCAAAAAUCCCAAGACCAACCUUUGCCAGAAAAUUAGAGUUACCCAGGGCCAGGGUUUGCUCCCCGACAAGACCUCACGCUUCAAAUGCAAGGGGAAGCAAGUGUUUCACUUCAUGGGUACCAGCACCUUCUCUGAGUACACAGUGGUGGCCGACAUCUCCCUGGCCAAGGUGAACAAGAGCGCUCCGCUGGAUAAAGUGUGCCUUCUUGGAUGUGGCAUCUCCACAGGAUACGGUGCCGCUCUUAACACCGCCAAGGUUGAGUCUGGUUCCACAUGCGCUGUGUUUGGCCUCGGAGCUGUCGGCUUGGCUGUUAUCAUGGGUUGCAAGGUUGCUGGGGCAACCAGGAUCAUCGGUGUGGACAUCAACCCUGCGAAGUUCGACAAAGCCAAAGAGUUCGGAGCCACUGAGUUCGUGAACCCCAAAGAUCACAGCCGGCCCAUCCAGGAGGUCCUGGUGGAGAUGACUGACGGGGGUGUGGACUACUCCUUUGAGUGCAUUGGAAAUGUGCAAAUCAUGAGAGCUGCUCUGGAGGCGUGCCACAAAGGAUGGGGUGAAAGUGUCAUCAUUGGCGUAGCCGGAGCAGGACAGGAGAUCUCGACCAGGCCGUUCCAGCUGGUGACAGGCCGAGUGUGGAGGGGAACAGCCUUCGGAGGCUGGAAGAGUGUGGAGAGUGUUCCUAAGCUGGUAGAAGACUACAUGAACAAAAAACUCAAGGUGGAUGAGUUUGUUACCCACACUCUGCCCUUUGAGGAGAUCAACAAGGGAUUCGACCUCAUGCAUGCUGGAGAGAGUAUCCGCACAGUGCUGACCUUCUGAAGUGCCUAACAGCAUCAGCGUCCUUCACAUCCGGCCUUUAAACAAACUUCUUCUGUAGUUGCAGCACUUUAAUUUUUUUUCUCUGCACUUGUUUGAAAAAUAAUGUUAAAUAUUCGCAAAAAUUGUAUUAACAGCAGAAUAGCUGUUGGACACAAAAUGGUGCUAUUAAAAUCUUUUGAAAAUCCA